AUGGAGGGCUCGCUUGCGGCCAACUGGAGCGCCGAGGCGGUCAACGGGAGUGCGGCGCCGCCGGGGGCUGAGGGCAACCGCACCGCCGGGCCACCGCAGCGCAACGAGGCCCUGGCGCGCGUGGAGGUGGCCGUGCUGUGCCUCAUCCUCUUCCUGGCGCUGAGCGGCAACGCGUGUGUGCUGCUGGCGCUGCGCACCACGCGCCACAAGCACUCGCGCCUCUUUUUCUUCAUGAAGCACCUGAGCAUCGCCGACCUGGUGGUGGCCGUGUUCCAGGUGCUGCCGCAGCUGCUGUGGGACAUCACCUUCCGCUUCUACGGGCCCGACCUGCUGUGCCGCCUGGUCAAGUACCUGCAGGUGGUGGGCAUGUUCGCCUCCACCUACCUGCUGCUGCUCAUGUCCCUCGACCGCUGCCUGGCCAUCUGCCAGCCGCUGCGCGUGCUGAGCCGCCGCGCCGACCGCCUGGCGGUGCUCGCCACGUGGCUGGGCUGCCUGCUGGCCAGCGCGCCGCAGGUGCACAUCUUCUCGCUGCGCGAGGUGGCUGACGGCGUCUUUGACUGCUGGGCGGUCUUCAUCCAGCCCUGGGGGCCCAAGGCCUACGUCACGUGGAUCACGCUCGCCGUCUACAUCGUGCCGGUCAUCGUGCUCGCCGCCUGUUACGGCCUCAUCAGCUUCAAGAUCUGGCAGAACUUGCGGCUCAAGACGGCGGCGGCGGCGGCGGCCGAGGGGCCCGAGGGCGCGUUGGCGGGCAGCGGGGGGCUCGCGGCGCUGGCACGCGUCAGCAGCGUCAAGCUCAUUUCCAAGGCCAAGAUCCGCACGGUCAAGAUGACGUUCGUCGUCGUGCUGGCCUUCAUCGUGUGCUGGACGCCAUUCUUCUUUGUGCAGAUGUGGAGCGUGUGGGACGCCAAUGCGCCCAAGGAAGCCUCGCCGUUCAUCAUAGCCAUGCUCCUGGCCAGCCUCAACAGCUGCUGCAACCCCUGGAUCUACAUGCUCUUCACGGGCCACCUCUUCCACGAACUCGUGCAGCGCCUCCUCUGCUGCUCCUCGGGCUACCUGAGGGGCAGCCGGCCGGUGGAGACGAGCGUCAGCAAAAAGAGCAACUCGUCCACCUUUGUCCUGAGCCAGCACGGCUCCAGCCAGAGGAGCUGCUCGCAGCCAUCCACCGUGUGACCGGGCUGGGUCAGGACUGCCUCCCUUGGCUUGGAUCGUGCUGACAUAGAAAGUCCACCCUUGGUGGCCAUGUACGUAUGUGUGUAAGGUACCUUUCAGUUUGUACUCCUCCACACCUGGGGGUAGCUUGAG